AUGGUCGCCAUCAAGAACCUCUUCAUCGCCACCCUCGUCUCCAGCGUUAUCGCUACACCACUCUUGAGCGGUCGCAAUAUUCCAGACGUUGAUGUCGACUCAGUUGCUCCCAUCGAGACCCGGGGUGAAGCUGCCAAGAAUGUGAACGCUGCUGCCACAUACGGCAAUGGUGGAUCAUUUGGAAACGGCGGAGCAUACAAGAACGGAAACGGUGGCGGUUUCAACUCUGGCAAUGGCGGCGGUAACUGCGACUACUCUGAGAAGAACAGACUCGAUCAAGAGAUUCGAAACAGGGAGCGCAUGAAGGACCGUCUCGACGACGAGAUUCAGAGACGCCAGAACAUGAAGGACCAGCUUGACCAGGAGAUUCGCCGCAAGCAGAACGGCGGAUGGUGA